AUGGUGGUUUUAAACAGCAGAAUUGUCUUUAUUUCCGUGCUUCUACUGGUCAGCAAUGUGGGCGCCUUUCGGUUCAAGAGUUUAGAUUUCUAUGUGCAGCUUUGGAAUGGUGAAUUUUUCUCAGCGAGCCCAUUUGGUGGGGGCAGCAGUGUGGAAAAGACGGACGAGAAAGUGGAAAGCACCAAGCCAGACAUUACGGUCCAGGGUCAAUCGUUGCAAAGCACACUGUACGAUUACCUCACGUACCGGGACAAGGUGAUGUGCUCUCUGGCGCACACAAACGAACCGGAGGAUGGUACAAAUCCGGACGGGAGUCGCAAAUCUCCGUUGCGCGUCAAAUGCAGCCCAGUGGAAGGAAACGGAACACUGUACAUCAUCACCUCGCUAAAGGACAUGGUGAAAGGGCUACCCCACUAUGGCAAUUCGACCAAACGGAACGAGGUGGGCAGCUGUUUCUUGAUGCUGUUUUACACGAAAACCUGCAUCCACAGUGCGAUGGUGGCACCGCAUUUUAAUGCGCUAGCGCGCCACUUUCCUGAUCUCGUGGUGACCGCGAUUGAUGCGUACAAUUUUCACUUCCUGAACGGUGAGUUUGGUAUCGUUGGGCUGCCGACGAUUAUGCUGUUCCAUCAGGGUCGUCCCUUGGUGAAGUACAACGGUACGGAAAUCACGCUCACCUCGCUGGCCAAGUUUGUGACACGCCACACGGGCAUCGAACCACGGCUGGCGAAUCAAAAGAGCAGCACCACGGUUUUGCAUUACAUAUCGGAUGAUUUCAAAGGUCCGCUGUCGAACAAGGUGGAAUACCGCACGGAUUACUGGCUGUACGUGGCGUGGGCUUUCAUCAUUGUUUGCACGUGCUACUACUUCUCAAAAUCUACGCUGUACGCACAGAUUAUUGAGAUGAUCAAACGAAAUUGGCGAGAAUCGGCUGCUCAGCACAGUUAG